AUGACAGCCUCCACAAGCAGCCAUGGUCUCAGGAUCCAUACGCUUCUGCUCCUCUUGGUCACAGUAGGCCACCUGUUCUCAUUGGUCGCAGCUGACUGCUACUGGCCCGACGGAUCAAAUGCUUUCGACAUGCAAGAGUGCUACGGUCCGACGGGUGCAGACGGGCUGUGCUGCGCACCAGGCGACUCCUGCCUUAUGAACCAGCUCUGCCGAGACGCAAUCGACCAUUCGUUCUAUCGAGGGGCUUGCAACAUGCAAAACUGGACACAAGGCAUGACUUGCCCCAGAUUUUGUCACAACAAGGAAGAUGAGGACAACAUGGCCGGCUCCCAAAUCGUCGACGAAUGCUCCGAGCUUUCUGGUGGAUACUUUGUGUGUCAUAAGGGUAUGCCCGGAAGGAACACCUGCUUCGACCCCUUCAAUACAAUUUUGAAGCUGGAUGGUAGGUCGGCCGGAUUCACAAUAUCUGAGAUGAUCGCAGCACUGACAAUUGCAGGAUGCGAUACGGAAUACAACACAGCAGGGGACCGGACGCCUGUGGCGGUCAUGCCAACCUGUGCUCGUGCGUACUGGGACUACAAUCCAUGGCCUGCAGCCUCGGCUAGCCUUGCGCCAACAGCCAUAUAA